AUGAAGGUCCCUACGGCUGCCCUUGCUGUCCUUCUCUGCACCAUGGCUCUCUGGAGUGAAGUCUUCUCAGCACCAUAUGGUGCUGACACCCCAAUCUUCUGCUGCUUCUCCUAUGGCCGGCAGAUUCCCCGCAAAUUUGUUGCUGACUAUUUUGAGACCAGCAGCCAUUGCUCUGAGCCAGGUGUCAUUUUCCUAACCAAGAGAAACCGGCAGAUCUGCGCUGACCCCAAAGAAACCUGGGUCCAAGAAUAUGUCACUGACCUGGAGCUGAAUGCCUGA